ACAGCUGCAAGUCCCAACAACAGAUGUUGGCCAGGAAACAUUGACAACGACAACCUCAUCUUAAGUGGCCUUAAUGGAACGUUUGAGAGUCCAAGAGAUGCUUAUAAUUACUCCCAAUAUAAUCCAGGAAUGAGCUGUAACUGGUUCAUUACAGUACCAGAAGGGAACAUUGUAAAACUCAGCUUCGAGCUAUUCGAUAUGGAGUCUGUGGCUGCAGGUUUUCCUUUAUGGCGUUGCUAUGGUGAUUAUGUAGAGGUACUAGACGUGUACGGAAGUGGAAGAAAGUUCUGUGGUGAGUCAAAUCCAGGGAUAAUCCGCUCGAGAAGUCGGUACAUGUGGGUGCGAUUCAGAUCAGAUUCCUCCUCCUCCUCGCAUCGAUAUCAUAAAGGGUUUAAGGCUAAUUUCACUGCAGAGAAUAAACUCAGUAAGUCAAUUAGUGUGCCACUAUGGAAAUUAAGCCAUUUGGAUGGAUGAAGGAGGCCCUUUUUUUUUGUUUAGUCAACAUAAGUUAUCUCCUCUCUUGAGUCAAGAACUUUUCUUCUUCAAAGCACUUUUUUUUUUUUUUUCUUAAACGAGGUCCAUUUCUUGAGAGAAAGUUCCUUGCAUUUGCCCUAUUUUCAUGCUGAUGGUAGGGUGGUUUUCUCCUCUCUCUAGAGAGAUUUCACCACCUCAGCAUAAGUCAUCAUCAGAGCCAAGUAAAGAUUAUUGUCUGUUGAAUUUCAUGAGUCUGGUUCUUGUGUUAUGAUUGGUCAAUUUUGCCGUGAUCUUAUUGGCUGUGAGACUCAAAUGACGUAAGGUUGAUGUGAUUGGUCAGUUUGUUGUGUUGGUAAUAUUUGGUCGUUCUAUUAAAUUUAUUUGUGGUGUAGUCGUUGAAAUUUGGCAUGGGAUUCUGUUCCAAUGGAGUGAACCAGCUUUCCAGAAACUUUCAUCUAUAGCGUUACAGCAUUGCACUCUGAAACGUUAGUCAGUACUAUGAACAAUGGUCCUUCUCAGGACUUUUCUCACAUUGUUACUCCUGGGUGCAAACCAUUCGUUGUAUUUGUACCUUUUAGUUUGUCCUCGCUACGGUGAAGCACUUGCUGCUUCUAUAUCAGAUGAGAAGACACUGACGAGUCCAGGCUAUCCUCUCUUGCCUCCUGCCAGUUUGUUUUCAUGGUGGUGCAAAUGGAUACUCAAAGUACCGGAUGACCUUUCCACUGGUGGAGCAUAUGUUUUGAAAGUUACAUUUAAUCACUUCAAUCUGCAAAAAAGUUAUGAUAGACUCACUUUUUAUGAUGGUAUCGAUUCAUCAUACAAGCGUCUUGGAAAAUCAUAUACCGGAACGGUCCAUCCUGAUGUGAUUUAUUCCACAGGACGCCACAUGUUUGUUGAUUUUUCUGUGGGAGAGAAAUACUUAUUGGAAGCAGGCAGUUUUAGUUUAAACUUUUCAGCCGUGGUCAGAGGUAACGUUAUUUGGGCAUUCUUGGGUUUACUCUGAAACUCAGUUGGCCUAAGGGGCUUAGGGAGGGGAGGGUGAGGAAAUGGGAUCGUUUAAGUUUUUCUUGCGUAAGUUUGCGGAGUUUGUCUUUCCGUGGUUUGACUAUUGAAGCCUUACAGGUGUUGAAAAUGUACUGCAAGGCGUAGGGGGAAAGUCUGAUGGCAUUAUUUACAACACCAUGAUCUGUGGAAAGAGUCACUUUCCUAUGUCUCACAUAUUUUGGUGAAGAAGACAAACGUACUAUAGAAGCACUCAGCUCUUUAUCAAUUGUUUCCCGGCGGGGGGGGGGGGGGGGAACGAAUAAAUUAUACCGGAAUAACGAUGUGUGAAGUUGGUAAAUAUUGACAAGGAUUGCAAAUUAAUGUCUGAAAUCGAGCUGCAACGUUCUUAUUGAUGCAUUCAUUUGCAGAGGAAGCCUUUGGAGCAUGCCAAUCGUCAGAAGGGAAUGCCGAACAUAUUCGCUUCACUGGUUCCUCUGGUACCCUCUUCUCCCCAUUCUAUCCUACUCCUUAUCCGAGAAAAGUCACUUGUAUUUGGGUGAUUUCCGUUCCUGCUAACAAAAGAGUGAAGCUAACAUUUGAUAAAUUUAAUCUUGAUCGGGAGGACAACGUGCGAAUACUUGAUGGGCAAAAGUCGGGGAGUGAAGAGGUAGCUGUUUACUACGGAUACAACUUGUUUAGUAGGGAGUCAGCGGUGUACUCGACUGGGGGGUACAUGCGGAUAAAGUUUCAAUCCAGUCAGGACUCUUGGAAUCAUACUGGAUUUAAAGCACGUUUUGAGGCUGUGGAACCGCGUAAGUACAUUAUGAUUUUAUUUAUCAACAGACCAAUGAUUUUUAAAGCGUAAAGCUUGUUCGUUACCUUGGUCAAUGUUUUUGAUUUGUCGUGAAAAAGCGGGAGCAAGUUGGGAUUUAUCGCUGAUCCUCGCUUUCCUGGUGCUUAGGUGCGCCUUCCACAUCAACUGUGGGGUUAAAUAGGUAAUUUCAGAGAUGGUUAUCAUUGGAAAAUUAAAGGGGAAAAGGCUUGAAGUACCACUGAUUAUGACAUCUCCAAGAGUUUUUGUUCCUAAUGACACUUUUGCUCGAAUUGCAAAUUGGGACGGUAAGGUAUUAUGAAUAGUGACUAAAAAAAUAAGUUUCUAGAAAUUUCUAGAAUGCCUAGUCACGCUGACAUGCAUACACGAACUUUCCACUGUCAUACCAUGGAACUUUCGAGAAAAAUAUAUUAGAUUAUGAAGUUAUGGUGGAAGACUUUUAAAACAGUUGUUUUGUAAGCUUUGGAAAUGUCCUGGAAUGCUUUGUAAAUGUAUCUAAGGACUCAGUCGUUUAGUAUUAGUAGUUGUUCUUGUUGGGAGUACCCGUCUGGAAAGCUAUACCGAGAGAGAUAGAGGGAGAGAGAGAUGCAGUGGAAGAUUGUUCAUUUCAAAAAGAUUUGGAGGCAGUGAGUGUGUGUCAGUGGUAAACUAAGAUAUAGUCCAUAAUGGGCUCAAGUAAGUUUUUUAGAAGAUAACUAUUGUAAUACCCACAUGGUAUUACAAUAGUAAGAUCCAUUACACGUUGUUUAAUAAAGUAGCUGAGUUUGUAGGAGUAUAGAAUCUUCUUUCGGUUAAAUUAUAUCGUAGGAAAAAAAACAUUUAAGCUUGGUUGUCUCGAAGUUUUCCUCUGUAACUGAAUUUAGUCCAUGGCCCUGGAUCAAGACUGUUUCCAGAGUAUCUUUGUAUUCCUCUUUUCACUUUGAAUUUAUCAAAUAUGUGGUGAAUAACUUGAAUCUCUGAGGACGCUGUACCACUUCAUUAAAAAAUUAUGUUUCGUUAUCACCUUCGGUGUUGCCAGUCGGGCCGUAGUAUUCAUAUAAGUAUUUUAAAGCUCAAAAGGGUUUAAACUCUGUAGAGAGCCUGCCAAAGACUUCCCUGAAAAAUGGUAGGUUAAUUUGUGUGAUGCAUCUUUCUUCCCAGCCGGAAGUUCCGAGCAGAGAUGUUUUCCGGGCAACAUUUACAACAACAACCUGACAUUAUCUGGUUACAGUGGAACUCUUCAAAGCCCAGAGGGAGGAGAAGGGUAUCUCUCUCACUCCAGCUGUAAUUGGCUCAUAGCUGUACCAGAAGGGUACUUUGUGAAACUUAGCUUUGACACCUUUCAAAUGGUUCAAGAUGGCAUCUCGGGAGGAUGUGAUGCAGAUUAUGUAGAAGUUGUCGAUGGGAAGUACAUCGAUGGUGAGAGCGAAGGAAAAAUGUGCGGUUUUGGUACCCCCUAUAACACCACCUCUACCGGUCGUUACAUGAUGGUUCUUUUCAGGUCUGGUCCAAUCAGAUCAUCUUUCAUGGGAUUCAAAGCAACAUUUACAGCGCUUCAUGAACCAACAAGUAAGUGAAAGCAUUCCUAUUUCUUCGUUUUCGGGGAAGUCGGUGUCUCCCCUUAAACACCUUGCCGCUCAUUCGUAACAUCCCUCAUUUCCAAUCAGCCAAAGAAAUUUUAUCUCAAAACAUUUUGAAAUUAGGUGGUAGAAAAGGCAAGUUCAAGGCAAGCGUGAAAAGCGCUCUUCAUCACGACUGAUUUGACAGGGUGUUGUUUGACAAUACCUCAGAGGUUAUCAGCACGAGUGAAACAGAGUAAAUAAAACGAAACUGUUAUGUACUACCCCAUCAAAAUAAAAUAUUUUGAAUUUGGUUUGUGAUUUUUUAUGCCAUGUAAUUUCUGAAUGAUGACGCAAGAAUCAGGUAGAGUGGUCGAUAACUGACACAAUUUCAACUGGUUUUGAACUUGUGAUGAUCCACACGUAAGGCAUUCACGACUUGUUAAAGUAUGUUCUAAAAUGGUAUCUCAUUAUGCCAAGCAUGGCUUUCCGAUGUCUUUUAGCCGCCAUCUUGCCAUAAACAGUUACCUUUUUUUCACGUCAGAUUUUGAUAGGCUCGGUGGAACAGCCCCACCUGAAUCUCUCCGAAGCCAAUUCCCCUUCCCCUUCCCCCGUGGGAUCACUUCAAGGAAUUUACUUAAGAUUGUUUUCUGACUCCGUAGCGAAAACUAAAGCUGUAAAUUCCAGCGAGUUAUGUUACCCGGAUAACGUCCACAACUUUGAUUUGAGGUUGACCGGAUCAGAAGGGAUUCUAGAGAGUCCGUUGACCUACUACCCACCGGGUUUAUUUUGUGAAUGGCUCAUCACUGUACCCGAGGGACAAAGCGUUGAACUCAUCUUCGAGAGAUUUCAGUUGGAUCCUGGUUGCAGAGAUUAUGUGGAAGUUGGAGAUGGAAUGCCAUUGUCUGGCACAUCUUUGGGAACAUACUGUGGAACUACAAUUCCCGAAAACGUUCGUUCAAGUCACCGUAAUCGUUAUAUGAGGGUUGAGUUCUACUCUGCUACAGAUUAUGCGGGUAGAAAACCACACAGAGGAUUCAAAGCCACCUUCAAGGCCGUAUCAAGUUCAGGUUGUCUACCUUUGUUUUAAAAAUUAGAGGUUGAAUCUGUUGUAGCACGUCUCAUGCACCGUCAACACGACUAUCUUUUCAACGCCACGUGGAAACGACCCUUGCUUCAGAUAACUCUACUUGUUUGACUUUUGUUUCUCUUUUUCUCUUUAGAGUCUCCUGCUUGGAUGACAGCCAUUAUUGUAACUGUCGCAGUGUUUUUUGCACUGAUAUUCCUUUACGUUUGCUUGGCUAAACUAAUUAAAAGGCUAAACAGAGAGGCAGCGGAGAGGUUUCCAAUGGCUGUAGUAUCACGCCGUACUCCGUCUGAACCUGUUGACACCACAACCCCUCAAGUAAGUCACGCUCCAGUUUCAACAAACGCAGAUAUACCACCCCCUGAUUACCCAUACCCGUUAGAAUCGCCACCACCCUACCCUGGUAAGGAACAGAUUCCACAGUUUCCACCUCCAGGACAGUCGUAUCCAUGGCAACAAAGUACACCGGCUGAAGAAUCCGUUACCCAUGAGAAUUCGUGA